UAUAACAAGGUUGCUUAUAAAGACAGAUUAACACAAAUCUUCCUCUCUUUCUUCUUCUUCUUCUUUCUGUUUCAAAUCUCACUCUAAAGCAGUAAACAAGCCAACGCAUCAUGUCUUCUCUUUUGAAAUCCAUUGUUCCCGGUGUUGCCGUCCUUGCCCCUGUUGAUGCUGCUCAGGCCUCAAUCCUGUCAAAGGAAGCUCUUGUGUUCAUCUCAACCCUCCAGCGCACAUUCAACCCUAUCCGCAAGACCUUGUUGCAGAACCGUGUCUACCGUCAGCAGGCCCUUGAUCGUGGUGUCCUUCCCGAUUUCUUGCCCGAGACCGCAUACAUCCGCAAUGACUCCAACUGGCGCGCUGCUGCCCCUGCCCCUGGUCUCCAGGAUCGUCGUGUCGAGAUCACUGGUCCCGUUGAUCGCAAGAUGGUCAUCAAUGCCCUCAACUCGGGUGCCUCCACAUUCAUGGCUGAUUUCGAAGAUUCAAGUGCUCCUACCUGGGAUGUCUUGAUCUCUGGUCAGGUCAACAUGCGUGAUGCUAUUCGCGAGACCAUCUCUUUCACCAACCCUAAUGGAAAGAAGUACGAGUUGCGCAAGGAUGGCAAGCUCUCUACUCUUAUUGUCAGACCCAGAGGUUGGCACAUGGUUGAGAAGCACGUCUUGGUUGACGGUGAGCCCAUGUCUGCUUCUCUGUUCGAUUUCGGUCUCUACUUCUUCCACAACGCCAAGGAAUUGAUCAAGCGUGGCAAGGGACCUUACUUCUACUUGCCCAAGAUGGAGUCCCACUUGGAGGCCAGACUCUGGAACGAUGUGUUCAACAUCUCCCAGGAUGCCAUCAACAUCCCCCGCGGCACUAUCCGUGGUACUGUUCUGAUCGAGACCAUCUUGGCCGCCUACGAGAUGGACGAGAUCAUCUACGAGCUCCGUGAGCACUCCUCUGGCCUCAACUGCGGUCGUUGGGAUUACAUCUUCAGCUUCAUCAAGAAGUUCCGCCAGCACCCCCAGUUUGUCCUUCCCGAGCGUUCCUCGGUCACCAUGACCGUGCCCUUCAUGUCGGCCUAUGUCAGUCUGUUGAUCCAGACCUGCCACAAGCGCGGUGUCCAUGCCAUGGGAGGUAUGGCUGCCCAGAUCCCAAUCAAGAACGACCCCAAGGCCAACGAGGUCGCCAUGGCCAAGGUCCGUGCAGACAAAUUGCGCGAGGUUACUGCCGGUCACGACGGUACCUGGGUCGCCCACCCCGAUCUGGUCAAGAUCGCAUUCGAGGUCUUUAACGAGCACAUGCCCCAGCCCAACCAGCUCCAUGUCCGCCGCGAGGACGUCGUGGUCAAGAACACCGAUCUGUUGGACAUCAACUUCAAGGGCGGUGUCUCUGACAAGGGUAUCCGCGACAACAUCCAGAUCGGUUUGGCCUACAUGGAGUCCUGGUUGCGUGGUGUUGGCUGCGUGCCCAUCCACAACCUGAUGGAGGAUGCCGCUACUGCCGAGAUCUCGCGCUCCCAGCUCUGGCAGUGGGCCCGUCACAACGCCGUCACCACCGAGGGUAAGACUGUCACUGGUGCCUACAUGCUCCAGAUCCUCGACGAAGAAACCGAGAAGAUCCGCCAGCAGUUGGGCGACAAGUACGCUUCCUCCAAGUAUGAGGCUGCCAAGAAGGCAUUUGCUACCAACGUCACUGGCGAGCAGUACGAUGACUUCUUGACCACCCUUCUUUACGAUGACAUUGUCUCGGUCGGUUCCAAGUCUCGCUUGUAAAAAAAAAAAUUCAUUCGCCUGUAUAUCUUUUCUUCCUCAUCUUUUUUUUUUUAUUUUUUUUUUAAAAAAAAAGAAUUAAAUUUUUAACUUUACCCCUCCCUCCAAACACACACUUUCCUACCCCUAAAUUUCUUCCUUCUUCUUUUCGAUCCCUCGAUAUAUUUCUUUAUAUUAUUCUCUCUCUUUUUUACCAACCUUUGCUACCUACCACCAUCAAAGCGGAAAAAACCCAAACCAACUACCUGUACGAAAUGAAUAAAUGAAAAACAAAUCUUUGUUUUUGUGUCUAAUAAUCAACCAUGAAUUCCUUCCAGCCAUGUUUCAUUUUACAAAUACACAUAAUAUGUUUUAUAUCAAAGGUUAUUAAUUUACCCCUUCCUAUCAUUGUUACAAUAAGCAAGAAACAAAUAGUACAAGGUGGCAGUGACCCAGAUCUAUAUACCCGUUUUUGUCUUGUAAAGUACAAUAUGUUUCCUUUUUUUUUGGUUGUU